AUGCCCGCAAAGAAGAAGCCUACUGAAGAAAAGAAGCCCCUCCUCGGACGUCCUGGCAAUACUUUAAAAAUAGGUAUAGUAGGUCUUCCAAACGUAGGCAAAUCUUCAACAUUUAAUCUUCUUUCAAAUUUAUCAGUUCCCGCUGAAAAUUACCCAUUCUGCACUAUAGAUCCUUCAGAAGCCCGCGUACCAAUUCCAGACCAAAGAUGGGAUCAUCUCUGUGAAAUGUACCAGCCAAAAUCUCGGGUCCCAGCAAUUCUCUCAAUUACCGAUAUUGCUGGACUUGUCCCAGGCGCAUCAGAGGGUGCAGGUCUUGGCAAUGCUUUUUUGUCUCAUAUAAAUGCUGUUGAUGGGAUUUUCCACGUUGUCCGAGCGUUUACACUUACUGAUGUCAUUCAUACUGAAGGCGAAGUUGAUCCUAUUAGAGAUUUAGAAAUUAUUCGAAAUGAAUUGUGUCUGAAAGAUCUUGAAAGAUGUAAUCAAAGAAUAGAAGAAAUAGAAAAACAAAUAAAAAGAGCAAGAACAAAAGAAUUAACUGAAGAAUUAGAAAUAAUGAUAAAAAUUCACGAAACACUCGAAAGUCGUAAAAUGCUUAAGGAUGGAGAUUGGCACAGCAAAGAAAUCGAAAUGCUCAACAGUUGCCUAUUUUUAACUGCAAAGCCUAUGGUUUAUUUAGUGAAUCUCAGCACAAAUGACUAUUUAAGAAAGAAAAAUAAAUGGCUUGCAGAUAUUAAUAGAUGGGUUCAAGAGCAUGGAGGUGGUGAUAUCAUCCCUUACUCAAUAGAAUUUGAACAAGCCAUCCAUGGAAUGGAUCCGAUUCAAAAAUCCAAUUAUUUACACGAGCAUAACACAAUUUCAAUGAUUCCUAGAAUUUUGAGAACAGGAUAUAAAGCAUUGCAGCUAAUUCACUAUUUCACAUGUGGAGAGGAUGAAGUAAAAUGCUGGACUAUCAGAAAAGGCACUAAAGCUCCACAGGCAGCUGGGGUCAUUCAUACAGAUUUCGAGCGAGGCUUCAUUUGUGCAGAAAUCAUGAAAUAUGAAGAUCUAGUUGAGUUAGGAAAUGAAAACAACGUUAAAGCAGAAGGAAAACUAAGGCAAUGCGGCAAAGAUUAUGAGGUAGAAGACGGAGAAAUUAUUUAUUUCAGAUUUAACGUAGCCCCUUCAGGAAAGAAAUAA